AUGGGUGCGGAUUUCGAUGACAGCAGCGGCAUGAACAUCGAAUGCGUUAGGAACGUUCCGGUUGAGGCUGAGCUAGCCGCCGCGACUGCCGCAAGUGCUGAGAUGGCUGGCACACCCAAGGCUGACGCAUUGGUGGACAUCGACAUAGGCCAUGUCGUUGAUUUGAAGGGCAGCCUCAGAGUCUUUCGGAAUGGGAUGCAGAUCCAGAUAGAACACAUGGUCAUCCUCCACACCACUGAGCAGGAGGUCAAAUUUUGGACGAAACUGCACAACUUUCGGAAGGAGGUGCUGAGCAAACCAUGGCACCUAGACAAGACCAAGAUACGCAAGUGCCGCAAGGAAGCUGAAGGAAAGGAGCCGACCCGCGAGAAGAAGAGGGCGGCAUCCUGUAUAGCAGGAGCUGCAAACCACGAGCUAUACCAUCGGCUUCCAGGUCACGCCCCUGCGGGUCGGCAUCUUGGAGGACGCCAACGGCGUGAUAUUGAGGUGAUCCCAAGCGCAGACACCACCGGAUAUCUCGAGAAUCAUUUUUCAGACCCCACGUCUCCGGCAACACCGCGUGUGCUGGUUAUCACGGGGGCAGGCGCAGCAUCGGGCCAUCUUCCUGUUGUGACUGCUGGCGGCGCCCUUAACUCCAGCGAGGAGUCCAGUGUGUCCAGUGUGCAGGCGAGCUUGACCUCCGUUGCCAACUUCACACCCUUAGUCCCCGUUGUGACAAAGGUUGUGGAUGUGGGAACAGCACAAGUCCUGCCAAGCCCAACUUCCCAGCCGGACACUUCUGGAACUGUGCAGACAAGUCUUGUCAAGACGGGACAGAAUACUCAGAUCCCCCUGUUGACAAAGAUCAUCGCCAGCCCGUCAACCACAGUCGCCACAUCAUCUAUUGCCACACCACGACUGAAUCUCCCCAAGAUGAACUUGAUCUCGGCGGACAUCUUUGCCGUACCUGUCGCGACUUCGGCGCCUGCCGGUGUCAUAGGUCGACGGAGUGACCAUCCCGUCCCACGCCUCGGGAUCACAGGGACCGGCCCCUUGGAGACGAACAAGUUCUACGCUGCAGCCUUCCUCGGCGGCCAGACAAGCCCUAUCUACCUCGUCCCGUACUCGGUUUCCUGGGCGAAGGGUCAAGGGUCAUCGGGAAGCUGGGGAAUGUCCAUCUCGCACAUUGACCCGAAUCAGCGUGUUUACGGACCCGUCAGGACGAACAAUGCCGUCGGCUAUUACAUCAACCCCGUUGGCAUCCAGUCUGUUGUUCUCUCCGCUGCAGAACUUGGCUCCUCAACGGUACUCACCACCGACAGCCUGACGCAGUUCUCGGUCCGGGUCAGUCUUCGCCCCAGCGCCGGCGCAACACCCGCUGUCCAGUUUCCCCUCGUGAUAGGAUCAGGCUUUGUCACGGCCAUCUACGCCGGUGCCCACCCCGUCAUCAACACGGGAGUCUUUUUCAAGACUGUGACUGAAGUGGUCCAGGCUCCCAAGGCUGGCGUGGUCAAGUACAAGCUGUAUCUCGAGGACGGCAAGACCUGGAUUGUCUAUGCGCGUCACACUAAGGGCAACCCGCUUGAUCUCCAGGUCACGGGCAACAAUGCUGCCAAAGCCAAGAGCGCGUUUUACGGCACGAUCCAAAUUGCCAAAGACCCUGGUGGGUUUGAGUCCACCUAUGAUAAGGCAUCUGGCUGCUACACGAUGGGCAUUGCUCUCUCGGGAACCGCCCAAUCUCUUAAGGGGACCUACACAUUCAGUUUCCUCAAAUCUGGGCUGGUGGCUAACACCCCGGCCCUUAUGUGGGCUUUGCCGCAUCAUUUUCAGACAAUGGAUGCUGACACAAGGAGAUCUUCUACCGGGUUGAAGCUCAACACACCGACCAAAGGUCAGGCUACCCUUAUGUAUGCUGACAGGUGGACAAUGGUCGAAUAUCAAAUGCCCAUCAGCAUGGCAUUCAACCCUUGGUCGCCGGUUCAAGGCACACGGGUGGUCAGGUCGGCCUCGGUCCGGGCAGCGAUCCGUGCUGUUGCUGUGUCGGAGAUCUCGCAGGACAUGGACGCCCAAGCAAACCAGCCUUCGAUGUACUUUGCUGGAAAGGCACUGGCCAAAUUUGCCUCGGUCUGUUUCACGGUCAAUAAUCUUGUCGGCGACAGAGCGCUGGCGCAGACCUGCCUUACCAAGCUCAAGGGCGCCUUCUCACGCUUUACGCAGAACAGACAGCAGUUCCCUCUCGUGUACGAGAGUGCGUGGAAGGGCGUCGUUUCUUCUGCGUCCUACACGACCGGAAACUCUGGCGAGGACUUUGGCAACACCUACUACAACGAUCAUCACUUCCACUACGGCUACCACGUCUUCACUGCUGCAGUCAUUGGCUACCUAGAUCCGUCUUGGAUUCCCGCCAACAAGGACUGGGUGAACUCUCUUGUCCGAGACUACGCGAACCCCAGCACCAGAGAUCAAUGGUUCCCGGUGUCUCGCAUGUUUGACUGGUACCAUGGCCACAGUUGGGCCCACGGUCUCUUCGACGCCCUGGACGGAAAGGCAACAGACACUGACAAAAGCUGCAUUCAGGACCAAGAGUCGAGCUCAGAGGACACCAUGUCCAUCUACGCGCUCAAGAUGUGGGGUAUGGUCUCUGGCGACGCCAACAUGGCGGCGAGGGCCAACCUGCAACUGGCCGUCAUGAGCCACUCGCUCGACGACUACUACCUGUACCAAAACACCAACAACAUCCAGCCGUCCAACUUCAUCGGCAACAAGGUGGCCGGCAUCCUGUUUGAGAACAAGGUGGACCACACGACGUACUUUGGUACCAACAUUGAGUACAUCCAGGGCAUCCACAUGCUGCCUCUCCUGCCGCACACCCCCAUGUGCCGCAAGCCGGUCUUUGUCAACCAGGAGUGGGACACGUUCUUUAGCAACGGGCGCGUCAACAGCAUCGCCGGCGGCUGGAAGGGCAUCCUCAUGGGCAACCGCGGCACCACGAGCCCGGCGGAGGCGUACGCGUUCUUCAGCUCCCCCAGCUUUGAUCAGUCGUGGCUGGACGGUGGAGCGAGCCGGACGUGGUAUAUGGGAUACACUGCUGGUAAGUGA